GUGGUGUCUGUGCCACAUGAGUUUAGUGUCGUUAUCGUCAAAACACAGUUCCCGCCAGGACAGCGAUUGCGUCGGGUAGGCUAUGCUUCACUAUGGCAGACCCCGACACCUGUUUCAAGCCCGGCAAUAUCUGCCGCAUCUAUAUCAAAGACUUCUUAACUUUUGACGAGAUUGAAGUGAGACCGAAGCCUCACCUCAAUUUCAUCAUUGGACCCAAUGGUACAGGAAAGUCGACCAUUUUGUGUGCCAUCUGCAUAUGUCUGGGAGGCAAACCAGCUGUAACUGGCCGAGGCAAGGAGUUGGCGGACUAUGUGAAGCAUGGGAAAGAAAUAUCAACACUCGAGACCGAGUUAUACACGGAAAACACAAGCUGUAAUGUUGUUAUCAAGAGGCAGUUUGAUCGCAAGAAUAAGUCGGUGUGGUUUUUGCAAGGCAAGGAGGUGCCAAAGAAAAUAAUUGAAGCCAAGAUUGCAGCGCUCAACAUACAGGUGGACAACCUCUGCCAGUUCCUCCCUCAGGACAGGGUUGCCAACUUUGCCAAGAUGAAUAAAGUUCAACUGUUGGAGGCAACUGAAAAGGCUGUUGGUGAUGCCAGUCUGUAUGAACACCAUGAACUUCUGCGUUCCAGUGGCCAAAGAAUGCAGGAGUUACUGGCAAGAGUGGCGGAAAUAGAGAAUCAACUGGAUACAGACAUCAAAAGAAAUGCUCGGUUGAAGGAUGCUGUCGAGAACCACGAAACCAAAACCCAGUUGGAGGAGUGCAUCAAGAAGCUGCAGAAGCAACAGAUGUGGUUUGAUUAUGACGAGAAGCGCAAGGUACAUACUCGACAAAAGAAAGAACGUGACCAGUUUCAGGCUGUUAUUGAUAAGAAACGCAAAGCAUUUGAACCCACACUUCAGAUUAUUAACCAGAAGAAGAAAGAACUCCUAGAGAUGAAGAUGCUAAUACGAGACACGCAAGAUAAAGUGAAGAAGAAGCAGAUGAUGGAUGAAAAGCUACAGUACGAAUACGAACAGUCCGUGGAGGCGUUGCAGGAUGCCCAGCGGGUUUUCUCUGCCAAGAAACAAGAGGAAGAUCAACGCAAACGAGAAUUACUAGACUUUGGCCGACAGUUAGAUGUCCUUGAUGGUCAGCUGAAGAACCUGCCACAAUUGGAUGAUGUGGUGGCUCAGAAGACCCUCAAGGAGCUGGCAGAGAAAAUAAACAGUGCUUCCCAUACUAACCUUCAUUUGAAGGAUAAGCAGCAUAAUGCUGAAACAACAAGGACAUCGUCUAUCCGAAAGAUGAAUGCCUGUCAGGUGGAAUUGGCUGGCAUCCAGGAUAUUAGCAAGCAGCGCUUGGAACUCCUAAGCAGGAGGAACCGUGAUGCCUACAAUGCCAUGAAGUGGUUGGAAGAGAACAGAGACAAGUUCGCUGCUACUGUACAUGCCCCCAUGUGCACGCUGCUAAAUAUGAAGUACACCAAGUAUGCCAAAUAUGUAGAGAAUCGAAUUAGUGAAAAUGACUUGGUGGCAUUUGUAUGCGAGGACAAAAAUGACUUGAACCUGUUUAAAGAAACGAUGGACAAGCAUCGCCCAAAAAUUAGUGUGAAUAUAGUACACUCGACUGCUGCCAAUUUGGAUCAGUAUCAACCUCGAUUAUCUAUAGAGAACAUCAGACAAUAUGGAUUUGAGAAGUAUAUGCUGGAAUGUAUCGAUGCACCACCCGCCAUAUUGACGUACCUGUGUCGUAAUUAUCAGAUACAUCGAAUUCCCAUAGGGGGGGAAAUGGUGGACGAAGCUAAAUUACCAAUGGACUUCAACAUCUACUACUCGGGUGACAAUCGGAUUAACAAGAAUAGAUCUCGAUAUGAUGGUGAGUGGUCUUCCAUCACUCACAAAGUCCAUAAAGCAUCACUGCUGCACAUCAUACUUGAUACUCAGCGUAUUGAACAGCUCAAUCGAGACAUCGUCGAAUGCAAAGGCUGGAUAGCAGAAGCAGAAGCAGAACUGAAAGCAGUGGCAAAGGAACAAACUGAAUUAAAUACGAACCUGGAGUCCUGGCGUAAUGAUAAACGUGUCCUCAUGUCUCGCAGGGAGGAAAGAAAUCAUCUUCAACAGAGGAUAAGUAGUAAGAAGAAUCAAAUUGAACGGCGCAAGCAGGGAGCCAUUGAUCUUGAGGCUGAAGAAGGAAGGAUGAAAGCAAAAAUACAGGAUAUUGUGAAAAAUAUGGUUGAUGGGUGUGGCAUGAGCGGAGAGGCUCUGAGCACAUCUGUAGAGGGAUUUAAGAAUUAUCACAAAAUGAUAUGUCGAGCAAAGACAGCACAAGCAGCUCUGCAAGCCUUCGAAGAGCGGUUGAAUUCAUCGGAAAGAGAAAUAGCAACUUUGCAGGAAAAGCUGGCAGAGAUGAACACUACUCUGGAAGUGUACAAGUCGGAGGCCCAGUUGUCACUCCAUAAGCUCCUACGAGCCCUGGGAGUCAGCGACUAUCGCCAAAUUUCACCUGAUAUUCGUAAUGAAUUUCAACACUCCAACCUGGAACAAACAGAGAGAGAGUUGGCCGAGAAGGAGGCGCAUCGGGAAUGUCUCGUUACUGCUAGUGAUAGUGAAGUACAAGAGUACAAAAAGCGUGAAGUUGAGGUACGGCAGUUGCGGAGGAAAUUGGAUGAGGCCCAACUGACUGCUGAGAACCACCAGGAGGAGUUGGAAAAUAUCAAAACUAGAUGGCUGCCACGUGUCAACGAAAUAACGGAGAAAAUCAGUGCCAGUUUCUCCAGUUUCAUGGCACGGAUGGGAUGUGCAGGAGAGGUGCUGCUUGACAAAGGAGAAAAAGAUGAUGACUUCAGUAAAUAUGGCAUUGUUAUCAAGGUGCGGUUUCGGGACAGUGAUCGUCUUCGAGAAUUGACUGCUCACCACCAGUCUGGUGGUGAACGUGCAGUGUCAACAGCACUGUAUCUCCUUGCCCUCCAAAGUUUGGCAGUUGUGCCUUUUCGUUGUGUUGAUGAGAUUAACCAGGGUAUGGAUCCCAUUAACGAGCGGCAGAUGUUGAAUAUGCUGAUGGAAACGGCAGCAUCGGAAGACUCUAGCCAGUAUUUCUUCGUUUCCCCAAAGUUGAUACCUAACAUGACGUACAAUGAACACAUCAAUCUGAUGGUCGUCUUCAACAGUCAGACGAUGCUGCCGCAUCGCAAAUUUUCCCUGAAGAGAAUUCUACGCAAGAGGAAUGAACUUAACAAUAGGGAAGCAAGAGCAGCCAGAUAAACAGUUCAUAAUUUUCUCUUCAUUCAUCCUGUUGGUGCUGCAAGCCAUUUUGGUGUUGACAGUAGUGAGAACAAUGUUUUCUUUUAGUAGUUACAUAUCCCCGUACAGUAUUUCCAGUAUUGUUUGUAUAGUACAAUGAAAACACUAAUGGUCAGAAGUGUUACUGUUGUUAUAAAUGGUUAAAACAAAAUAAUGGGAAACGUUUGCAAACUUGUGUUUUGGGGGGAAGCUGAUUUUGAUGAAAUGUCAUAUUUCAAAUACUGUGUGUCCAUGAAGGUGAAAAGUGAUCUGUGUUAUUCACAUGGUGGUGAAUAUUGACCCGUGUCAUCAACGGCAUGAAUGUGCCAUGAGAACUAUGAUGGGUACGAGGAUACCACAUUGGGAAGAGGUGGUCAGCAGCUUGUUUGAGGAGCCCCCUCCUUCCCCCCCCUUCCCCAUGCAUCUUUUCUUCAUAGUGGCUAUUUGUUCAGAAUACCAAGUAGAAAAUUAAGACUGGCGAGUUAAGAGUACUGAAGGUUCCAUGAAUUUUCUUGUGAAUUCUCAUAAAUAUUUCAAUCACUUUGAACAAACAAUUCCCUGCAUUUUGAAUUACUCAUUCAGAAUUGUGAAAGCUAAUUUGGCUCAAUCAUACAGAUUAAAAGAUAGAAGAUAGAAGAUAGAGGGAGAAUGAGUAGUGGUCGUGGGAAGAAUUUAAUUGUUUAGAAAAUCUCCACUCAUUAAAAGCUUCAUGUUUACUUGGCCGUAAGAUACAUGUAAUUGGAAAAAGGUAUUCUCAUUUACUUCACAAGUGUUCUCUGGUAAUGAGAACUAUCCCAGAAUAAUUAUGAAAUACUGUAAUUAUUGGCAUCAUUUCUUAAGUAUAAUGUUACAUUUAUUAUUAUUUGCCCUGUUUUCCAGUUUCAUAUCAUGGGGGAGGCAUCAGUUCAAAGAAAAUAGAGCAGUAACAAGCACUACUGAAGAAGAAUUCUAUGGAAGUGAAAAAGUUACACCUCUAUAUUCCCUAUUACCUUGCUCGCCAUGUAUUGUCAUUGAAAACCACAACUUGAGUCACAGAUCAUUAGCAGCUGCAUUCCCCACCCCUUCGUAAUACAAGGUCAAUAUUGCUCAUAGGAAGUUGUCUUAAUUAGGGUGGGGGGGGGGAAUCCUUUGAUAUGCCAUUUGUUUCCUGUCCCUUUUGAGGCCACUGGUGAUAGUGAUCCUCAGGUCAUUUUAGGUAUAUACCCCGCUCACCACAAAUUGCUGGCAUGUAGCCGUCUUCCCUAUUACUACUUGUGUGGUGCUGACACUUGGUCUCUUCUACGUCAGAGAUUGCACACGUGACAUACACAGGAUCCUAAAACUGUGUUAUGAAAGAAAUUGUUAGGGAUGUCUCUUAUAAAUACCACAGUACAGUUUAUAUAUAUUAUUAUACUGUGGAUAUAUAUUAUUGACCUGCAAGAUCUAUAACAUUAAAACUGUUCAUCAGGGAAUUCUUUGUCAGAAUGAGUGUUCAUCUCUUAGUACUGUAUUUUGAUGCCUUAUUCUCCAUUCCUAGAAUUCACAUUGAUGACCACGACAAAAUGGUAUUCAUAUAGCCCUGGUGAAAUAGUGUUCUGUGCUAUCCUAACAUAGUAUAUUUACUCUGUAAUAUAAUCUCCAGUAUUUUUGUGUAUCUUCUCUAAAAACUUACAGUAUUAUCUUAGUGAUUUAUUUUAUAACCAACUAAACUAGUGACCUGCUCUGCUUCCUCAGACCACCUACAUUCUCUUUACCUUAUGCUCCUCUGCAGAUCACAUACAUCUUCCGUCCAUUUGUGUAUUACUGCCGCUUCCCCACCUGUGUAUACUAUGUGUAUUUCCAAACCUUCAGUUUUGUUUGUAUUACAUUCCAUAGUGUUUCCUAUAUAUGUAUUUACUAUCCAUUGGUCUUUGGUGGAAGUAGUAUUCUGCAAGUUAUUCUAGGUCAUACAUAAGAAAAGCUUUAACAUUUAUAAUAAAUAAAAUGGGUCCAAUCA